AUGGCCGGCCCCGUGGGUGCUCCCCAACAGCCGGUCGGGGCUUGGAGCCCGGGCAGGUGGCAGUCUGGCCAGUGCUGCGUGAGGAGGACAGAACGCCGCCGUUCCCCGCCCGGGAAAUGACACUGCCCGAAACCAAGCACUCCGGGAGGGGCCGGAGCCCCUAAGCGCUCUCGCCUCUCUCAGCCCCAGACUGCUCCCCGUCCCUCUAGCUUGGACGUGCAGGACUGAGGGGCUGUCUUGACCGAGGGGGAGGAGGUUCUAUUGAGACUGGGGGCCCGGGAACCUCUGUCUUUCCAGACCCCCCAGCUCUCUUCUGGCUGGGGCGGCCCAGGCCCCCCCGCCUCCCCCGGGUGCUGGGUCCGGACCCUCGAGCCCCCCCCCGCCAGCAGCAUGGGUCCCCAGGCCCCGGUCCACACGCUCUGGAAAUGCCUCGGGAGGCUGCUGGUGUUCCUCGAGUUGUCGGCUCGGGGCUCGGCCAUGCUCAACACCCCUUAUGUGCUCCACCGCUGCCCUCUGGUCUGCAUCUGCACCGCGGACCUGCUGAGCUGCGCCAAGCACAACCUGGUCGAGGUGCCCACCCCGCUGCCCGCCGUGGCCACCACUCUCGACCUCAGCUACAACGCCCUCCAGAAGCUCCAAGACCACUGGCUGGCGAGCCUGCCCCAGCUGCAGACCCUCCGCCUGGGCCACAAUCAGAUCUCGGGCCUCUCCCCGCGGGCGUUCCACAACGCCACUUCCCUCCGGCACCUGGAUCUGUCCUCCAACACCCUGUCGGCCGUGAGAAAGCGUGACUUCGAGGAGCUGGUGAACUUGGAGGAGCUCCUGCUGUACAACAACCGCAUCACCCAGGUGGAGGAGCACGCCUUCCGGCGGCUGGGCCACCUGCAGAAGGUCUACCUGAGCUGGAACCAGCUGACGGCUUUCCCCUUCCGAGCCCUACACGGGCUCGUCCACCCCCGCCUCAGGGCGCUGGACCUGUCCACCAACAAGCUGACCAGCAUCCCCAUCGAGGAGGUCAUGGCCCUGCCCGUCUACGUCAAGAACGGCCUGUACCUCCACAACAACCCCAUCAGGUGCAGCUGUCCGCUGUACCGCAUGUUCCGCCACUGGCAGCAGCGCGGCUUCAGCUCAGUGGCGGACUUCGCGGAGGAGCACAUCUGCAUCGCCUUCGAGGUGCCCUCCUCCCGCGUCCGCUUCUUCGCCCACAGCAAGAUCUUUGAGAACUGCUCGGCCGGGGACGCCUGGGACCUCCCCGAGGCGCACCUCAGGGUGACCGUGGGCCAGCCCCUGACCAUCGACUGCAACGCCAGCCUGCACGGGGCCCCGGCCCGCUACAUGUGGAUCUCCCCGGGGAACGAGUUCAUCGACGCCUCGGGCAGCCGGGACCGGACCAUGGCGGUGCGGCCCAACGGCAGCCUGACCAUCCGCCGGGUGCAGAUGGAGCACUCCGGGGUCUACGUGUGCCUGGCCGUCGGCCAGCACCAAAAGCACAACAAGACGCACGAGUUCAACGUGACCGUCCAGUACCCGAAGCACGAGGCCGAGUCUUUCAACACGGGGCUCACCACCUUGCUGGGCUGCGUGGUCAGCCUGGUGCUGGUCCUCCUGUACCUCUACCUGACCCCGUGCCGCUGCUCCUCGUGCUGUCGGCGGCCCCUGCUCCCCGGCCCCCCGCAGGAGCGCAGCGCCCAGUCCUCCAUCCUCAGCACCACGCCGCCGGCCACCGACGGGCCCAGCCGCAAGAUCGGCACCAACAAGCACGUCGUCUUCCUGGAGCCCAUCAAAGAAGUCCAGAACGGCCGGAUCAAGCUGGCCGUCAGUGAGGACCUGGACCUCAAGAACCCCAAGAUCCUGCAGCUCAAGUCGGACUCGGAAUCCGGCAGCUCCGUGUUCUCGGACACCCCCAUCGUGAUCUAGGAGAUGGCCUCCGGGGCU